AUGUCGCAGGGGGACGCGCACGCGCCGAGGGCGAAAGAGAAGCGCGAAGGCCCGGAGGGCGUGCUCCGAAGGCGCGAUGGGGGCGACGAACCGUCGAGCGCGAGACGCGCGGGCGGCGGCGGCGUCAAGCCGAGAGAAAAGCCGAAGCGAAGCGGCGACGGCGGCGGCGGCAAUAAACUCCGCGACGAGGUCAUCCAGCGAGGGAGAAGGUCGCGGCCGUCCACGCGCGACGCGAGCUCGGUGCCGAACGUUCAAAAGUCAGACGAGGACGCGGCGACGAUCGCGCGGUCGAUUCGAAGCUGCCCGUUUUUCCUCCAAGAGAUGCAAAACGCGCCGCCGGACGUCCCGGAGCGACUGGCGCGCGCGAUGGAGGAGGUCACCGUGAACGCGAACGUGGAUCUGAUAACGCAAGGCGCGUUGAACGACGAUUCGUUCUUCGUCCUCGUGGAAGGGAAGGUGAACGUCCUCCAGCGCGCGGACUUGCGAUUGGAAGCGGGCGCGGACAUGACGAAGUUUUUGGAGAGCGUUCCGCGUCGAAACUCAAAACCCGACGAGAGCGCGCCACGGAUAUCCAAGGGGGGUAAGAGCCACAAGGGGAUGAACGUCGCGGACGGCGUGUUCGACUUGAAACCGUCGCAAGAUAAGCUCAUCAAGGUUCUAGAGCCCGGGGCGUAUUUUGGCGAGGUCUCGUUGCUGUUCAACACGGCGAGGACGGCGACGAUUCGAUCGCAAGCGCCAGGGUGCCGCGCGUUUAAACUUCGCAGGAGUCACUACGAGUCGAUCGUCCUCGCUGCGAAAUCGGAGAUUUUCAAGCGCCGGUUCGAUCUCGUAUCGAAAGUCGGGCUGUUUCGAAGCAUGGACAAGACGUCGUGUCGAACGAUCGUGGGAAUGUCCGACUCCGAGACGGUCGCCGCCGGGGAGGUCAUCUUCCAAAAAGGCGACUUCGGGGAUAAGCUCUUCCUCGUCGAGGCCGGCGUGGUCUCGAUACAGGUCGAGGGGCACGAAGUCCGCAGGUUCGGUCCGGGGGAUUGCUUCGGCGAGGUCGCGCUCAUGAACUUCGGCACCGCGAGGACCGCGGACGCGAUCGUCCCCGCGGACGUCCCCGACGGGAAGUGCGAGCUCCUGUCCGUGUCGCGAGAGAAUUUCGAAAACAUCUUGGGUCCGCUCAAGUUGGCGAUCAACGGGCCGAGGCUGUCCACGGUGCCUCUGUUCGCGCCGCUGUCGCAGGAACAUAUCGAGGAGUUAGCGCAAGCGCUGCAGCUUCGAAAGUUCAGCGACGGCGCGAGCGUCGUCCGGCAGGGCGAAGCCGUGAACGCGUUGUUCUUCGUCGACCAAGGCUCGUUCCUCGAGACGUGGCCGACGGACAACAGGAUGCGGACGAUGCGCGAGGGCGACUGGUUCGGUCUCGAAGCGCUCGCGCACGAGAGACCGUCCCCGUGCGAGGUCCGCUCCGUCGGUCUCUCCGCGGUGAUGAGCCUCGCGAAGAGCGCGAUCGACAAGAUCGAGAAAGACGUGGGCGUGUCCCUGCCGACGCUCCAGUCGUCGUGGCGCCGGGAAAAUUUGGACGGGUGGACGCGUCGGCCGAGCGUCAAAGUCGCGACCGCGGCGGAGAUCGACGUCCUCGUCGCGGAGCUGGAGCUCAAGUUCGCGCGCCCCGGGGACGUCCUCGCGGACUCGCGCGAACACCCGAACGGGAAGUUCGUCGGCUUGGUCAUGUCCGGGAACGUCCUCGUCGUGUCCACGCUCGAGCGCGGCGGGGAUGAGAAACCGAUGGAACGGAAGCGGCUGAUCACGGAGGGGCCGCUGCACUUGGCGUCGAGAGCGCAGGCGGCCGCGGAGGCGUUCCGCGACUCGGAUGAUCCGGGACGGCGCGGGAAGAACGCGAUCGGCAUCAAGUUGGUCGCCAUGGGGGCGUCGGUGCUGCUGGUCCCGCCGCCGUCGCCGUCGCCGGCGUUGACGCGCGCGUUGGAGUGUCUGAAGGUGCGUUCUGUACCCUGGUCCCCACACGACCGCGUUCGCGUGGUGAACGCCGAUCCUUAA